UCCUAGGCCCUGGUUUCCAAAACCACUACCUAGACCCGAACCAAUGGAGGUUGAUCACAGCAUCCGAUCUCGCAACAUAAACUACGGUAACAGACCUCCUAUAGACAACAAAAGACCGCACCCACAUUCAAAUCAGAUACACAAUUUCAAGCGUGUUGCACAUCCGCUUGAAUACACGGACGAUCAACACUAUUAUGAUUAUGAACCUGAAUAUGACCAUUAUUACAAUCAUUAUAAAAUGGAAGAGGAACAAAUUCUAACUGAUGCUCAUUGUUCUGGUGAGCCAAGUUCAGAGGAAACCGCAGCUGAGCAGGAAAGUGAACCUCAACCCUCUUCAUCACAGACUAAUUUUUUAGAAUGGAAGCCGAGUUGGUAAAGCCAACUCUUCCGUAUAUUAAUUUGAAAACUAACAUUGGAGAAUUCCCAUUCUUGAUAGAUACUGGAGCGAACAUUAAUAUAAUUGAACCAAAAUUAGCCUAUUCGUAUAAAAUUUCUAAGCCAUACAAUUUUGAAGCAGAUAACAUUUCCAGUGCAAAUGGUACGUUCAGAGCAACAUCCGCAAUUGAUAUAAUAUUCUUUUACCCGAAAAUAAACCAUUCCGCUCAAUUUUUACUUCAUAAAUUUCACCCAUUUUUUAAAGGUAUUAUUGGAACAGGUAUUUUGAAAUCUUUGAAUGCAAAAAUUGAUCUUGGAAAUAGUGUCAUACAUUUGAAAAAAGGUAACGAGACAUUGGAAGCCCCACUUUUGCAGUACAGCUCAAUAAAUUCAACAUCAAAUCAUUUAUUCAGAACUGACCACUUGUCAGCAAAUGAAAGCAGUAGACUUCUGAAAGUACUUGAUGCACAUAACGAAGUUUUUCAUCAACCAAAUUCCAAACUUACAUGUGGAACAACCGUUGAAUGUUUGAUCAAUACCACUGAUAACAUACCUGUUCAUCAGAAGGUAUACCCUUAUCCUGCAGCCUAUGCAGAAGAGGUUAAAAAACAAGUGGAUAAAUUAUUAGCUGACGGUAUAAUUAGACCCUCCCGGUCAGCCUGGACAUCUCCAGUAUGGAUCGUGCCGAAAAAGGCAGAUGCUUCCGGUGAAAAAAAAUUUAGAAUGGUGAUUGACUAUCGGAAACUUAAUGAAAAAACCGUUUCCGAUCGUUAUCCAAUGCCUGAAAUUGGUUAUGUGAUUGACCAAUUGAAAGGACAUAAAUAUUUCUCAACAUUAGACUUGGCAUCGGGUUUUCAUCAAAUAAGAAUGAAAGAAUCCGACAUUGAAAAAACGGCAUUUUCAAUCAAUAAUGGCAAGUAUGAAUUUACUAGAAUGCCAUUUGGUUUAAAGAAUGCGCCCGCAACCUUUCAAAGGGCAAUCGAUGAUGUUUUAAGAGAACAUAUAGGAAAGAUAUGUUACGUCUACAUCGAUGAUGUAAUAGUUUUCGGUAGAGACUUAGAAGAUCAUCUUAAAAAUCUUGAUAUUGUUUGCAAAACUCUGAAUGAAGCAGGAUUUAAAAUCCAAUUAGAUAAAUCUGAAUUCCUCCAUCAAGAGGUUGAAUUUCUUGGCUACAUAAUAAGUUCUGAAGGAAUUAAGCCGAAUCAGAAAAAAAUUGAAACUAUCAAUCUUUAUCCAGAACCCAAAAACCUAAAAGAACUUCGUGGAUUUUUAGGAAUGAUGGGUUAUUACCGUAGAUUUGUCAAAGAUUUUGCAAAAAUUGCAAAACCCUUGACAAACCUUCUAAGGGGGGAGAGUGUACCCUCAUCUAACAAGAAAAUUUCAUUGAAUGACAAGGAAAAGCAAUGCUUUCACAAAAUGAAAAGCUUACUUUCCUCUUCUGAUAUUCUCAUUUACCCGGAUUUCAAUAAACCAUUCAUUCUCACGACUGACGCUUCUGAUUUUGCAAUCGGCGCAGUCUUGUCUCAAGGAGAGAUGGGAAAGGAUAAACCCAUACAUUUUGCUUCCAGGACCUUAUCUAAAACAGAAGAGAAUUGCUCAGUUCCAGAAAAAGAAAUGUUAGCGAUUUUCUGGGCACUUCAAACUUUUAGAAACUAUCUUUACGGUGCAAAAUUCAAGAUUCUAACGGACCAUCAGCCUCUCACUUUUGCUUUAUCGCCUAAAAAUACAAACGCAAAGCUUAAGAGAUGGAAGGCUUAUUUAGAAGAGCACGACUUCGAAAUCAUUUAUAAACCGGGAAAAACAAACGUAGUCGCUGAUGCUCUAAGCAGAAUGGUAUGUUCUAUGACAGGAACUCAGCACUCUGCCGAGAAUAGCGAUGAUUUUUACAUUAUUUCGACUGAAGCUCCGCUCAACUCCUUCAAGCAUCAAGUAAUACUGAAGAAAGGUCCAGAUAAAACAACUGUCACGCAUCCAUUUCCAAACUAUACUAGGGUAGAUAUAUCAUUAUCCAAUAUUAAUGAAGCUUCUAUUUUACAGGUACUCAAAAAUCACUUUAAUAUCUCCAAAGUAAACGGAUUGUCAGCCGAUGAACCCUUUAUGGGACAAAUACAGGAAGUUUACAAAAAACACUUUGGUAAUAAGAGAUCGUUAAAAAUUCGUUUUUGUCAAAAAAUACUUCAAGAUGUUCAACAAGAAGACGACCAAUGGGACGUUAUCCGAAGCGAGCAUUAUCGUGCACAUCGUGGUGCUGAAGAAAAUAAGUUACAACUUUUGAGGAAGUUUUAUUUUCCAAAAAUUUUUCAAAAGUUAAAAGAUUUUGUUACCAAUUGUCAGAUUUGUAACGAAAACAAAUAUGACCGAAAACCAAUCAAAUAUCCACUUCAAGAAACCCCAAUUCCAAAUGCUCCUUUUAAAAUCGCCCACAUAGAUAUCCUAUUCCUUGAAAACGGCCACUUCCUAACCUAUGUCGACAAAUUCUCUAAAUUCGCCCAAAUCAAACCCAUAGAUUCAAGAGCCGCAGUUGACAUAGUUCCUGCAGUUAAAGAAAUCCUUUUAAAAUACAAUCCUCCGGAAAUAUUAGUCAUGGACGGUGAAAAAUCCUUCAUGACUGGAGAUCUGGUAAACUUCUAUAAUACCCAUCAUAUCGAACCGUAUGUCACAGCUACAGGACGGAGCGAAAUGAACGGAAUUGUCGAACGUUUCCACUCCACUCUUUUAGAAAUUUACAGAAUAACCAAGCACGAGAAUCCAGAAAAAUCCGUUACUGACCUACUUUUCCUAUCACUGAAUAAAUACAAUUCCACCAUCCAUAGUUCCACUGAACAUACCCCCUACGAAGUUAUACUUCCUUCCUCAAGAACUCCAGAAAUUAUAGAAAAAGUUUACAAGAACAUUUCAGAAAAACAAAAGAAAGAUUUAAAAUACCAUAAUAAGUUCAAGAAAGCCGUGGUGAUAGAACCUAAUCAAGAGAUCUAUGAAAAUGCCAGACAGAGAAUGAAACAUAAAAAACGUUACAAGAAAAAUAAAGUUAAACAAGUUAACAAAAGCACCGUAACUAUGGACGAUGGAAGAAGGAUACAUAAAGAUGAUGUUAAGAUUAGGAAAAUAUAAUCUUGUUUUAUUAUUUUUUCUCGUUACAGAAUUCUAAUGUUCUUAAAAAUAGUAAUAACUGAAAAGAUAGACGUUAAGAGGAUAGACCAUCUUCCCAUUAUUGCUUUCAAUUUAGGUACCGCUAGAAUUCAACAAACAUCUCACUAUUAUAUGCACCAUUUCAAUGUCACCUCUCUGAAAACACAUGUAGAAAUUCUUAAGAUACAAUUCGAGCAAUUGAAACCCAAUCAGUUUACAAGCCUUACAAAACAAACAUUCGAACAGAUUCAUCAAACUCUAGAAAAUCUAGCCCCUUCUCGGCGGCAAAAACGUUGGAAUAGUCUAGGAACAGCCUGGAAAUUUAUAGCCGGAAGUCCGGACGCAAACGACUUGAAAAUUUUAAACUCCUCAAUUAAUGAUCUUAUCUCCAAUAAUAAUCAACAAGUUAGAAUAAAUAGAGCACUUAAUUUACAAUUGAAAGAACUGGUAUUCAAAACUAAAGACGCAAUAGAACUGUCGAAUUCAAAAUCAUUAGAAAUAUAUUCAAUGAACAUUUUACUCAAUUUGAAAUAUUUAGCAGAAAAACUAGAACAGAUAGUUGAUAGCAUAUCGUUAGCAAAAGCAGGAAUCCUUAAUGAGAAAAUACUUAGUCAAGAUGAAAUUGAAAUUUUAUAUCACGAUGUAUUCAAACAAAAUAUUACGGUUCAUAAUGCAGUGGAAGCCCUCAACUUUGCAGACACAACGAUCGCAACGAACGGCAAGGAAUUGACUCUCCUGAUAAAAACCCCCAUCUUAGAUAAAAGGAUAUUCAAUAAGAUUCAUGUUUUCCCUGUUACUAACAAUCACAAGCAAAUUCAUCUGACAAACAGAAAUUAUUUAACUCACGAAACCGGCAACUAUAUGGUCAAUACACUACAACCAACAAUAUACAAAACCUACGAAGUAGUAUUCGACAACUCAAGAUGCAUACCAAAUCUACUUUUUGGGAACCAAGCAACCUGUAACUACACCAUGAAUCCGCCAGAGGAUCAAAUCACCAUAAUCAAUGACGAAAAUAUCAUCUUAAACUCGGAUAAAAACAUUUCCUUCACUUCAACCUGCGGACUCAAAAAUCGUACAUUUACCGGAACAUUUUUAAUUACGUUCCACGAUUGCGAAAUCAACAUCAACAACAUAUCCUAUUCUAACGAAAUACAGAACAUGGUUGGAAGCCCAAUCCAACUACCAUUGGAUGGAAUUACAAUACAAAAGCAACUUACAAUAGCAAACCUAAGCUUGGAACAUUUACACCACCUACACCUGGAGAUGAGAAAGGAGAUGGAAUAUAUUCGAUUGAACAACACAAGUAUAGAAUGGCCAGCUUGGUCCAUUAUGGGUGGAAUCAUUUCAUUCCCCUGCAUGAUAAUAGGUAUCGUGAUUCUUUUGAAAAUCUUUUCCCACAGAUCAGCUACAGUCAAAAUAAAACAAAUACCCAGUACUACACCAACACAGGAACCAUUGAAGGACAUUCAACCAAAUCUCAGACCCAUGACGAUUAGAGAUGUGAUUCGGACGGAACCUCAUCUCUAAAGGAGGGACGAGUUAGCAACGGAGGUACCCGGGCGGCGACAGCAACAAUUUGCUGACAACAACAUUGGCGGUCGUUGGCAAUCGAGCCAGCAGAACGGGGUCAUCGAAGUAUGCUGACGACAACUUUGGAUCAAUAAACUUUGGCAGUUUUCGGCGUGGAUAAGCAGAGGCACGAAACUGCAACUUUGCAUUAUGAACUGUAGAAAAAUUUAAAUAAUCAAAUAAAAGU